CCGAUCCGCUCCCCGUCUGCUCCCGCUCCCCCUCCCCGGUCGAAGCCCUGCCAGGGACACGGCAAAUCAGCGCGAAGCCUGCGGGGCAAAUCGGUACAAAUGAGACCAAGCAAGAGGGUGGGGAGGGACGGCGGGGGCGAUGACUCCUGGGCUGGAGCUUCUGUUGCCGAGUUUGAUGUUUCCUGCAAACAAGCCUGUAAAUGCUCAGGAGUGGCUCCGGACAUCAGCUGCCCCUCGCCUCGGCGGGCUUUGGGGACGCUGUGUCCCGCACGGGGGGGACAGCCCUCGGGCCGCUCCCACAGCCUCCCCGCAGCCCCCCGGCCCUGAGCAGGGACCCCGCCGGGACGGGGCCCGAGCUGGCACAUUGUGCUUCUCAGACAGGCGUGGGAAGAUUCACCUGCCGUGCCCCUCCAUUCCCACCAGGAGCCACCUCCAGGCAGCCUCCACCAUGUCCAAGGACGACGGGGGCUGCAAGCUGACCUCGGUCUACAAGCACAAGGAGAGGAAGCCGAAGAAGCCUCACUACAUCCCGAGGCCAUGGGGCAAACCCUACAAUUACAAAUGCUUCCAGUGUCCCUUCACCUGCAUGGAGAAGUCCCACCUGUACAACCACAUGAAGUACAGCCUGUGCAAGAACUCCCUGUCCCUCCUCAUCGAGUCCGACUGGCCCUACAAAAAGGGCAACCUGCUGCACCCAGAGCUGCGGCUUCUGCACACGGAGAGCUCCCGGCUGCGGGGCCGGCGGGACGAGCAGGACACCUGUGACCCCACAGCCACCCCCGGAGCCUCUGCCCGGGCCAGGCAGGUCCCCAGCAGGGAUGGCCACGAGGAGAAGCCGAUGGCUGGGGUGGAGAUCCUGCCUGCUGAAGGGGCUGCUGAGGAGGGGGGCCAGUUCCAGGAGGAGGAGGAGGAUGUUGCUGGCCUGCUGAGGGAGAUGGAUGCGAGGGAUAAGAAAGAGCGAAAUGAAGAGCCAGGUUGCCAAGGUGACCCAGCUGAACCAGAAGUGAACACUUUGGUCUUCGGCUUCAAGAACAAGAGGGACAACAAGCCUUGCAAGGAGGUGGAGCCCGAUUUCAUCAUCACAGAUGUCUUCUCUCUCAAGAACCAUGUCAUGAAGAGCAGGGAAAUGGCCUCCCCUGAUCUAGAUGCAAAGCCAAAGCAUUGUAAAGUGCCAAAGAAAUGCCUGGCCAGUGGUGGGAUCUUGAUGGAGCAGUGGAAACUGGUGGCAAAUGGGCAAAGAAGGAACACACCUGAGGUCUCCCCACCUUGUACCGACAGCAACAUUAUCCCGUGCUACCCCCCUCCAGCCUACAGCGACUACCACGAACCUCAGGGCCUGAACCUCUCCCUGCUGGGUAUUAACUACCCUUUGAACCCCAGUCUCUUCUCCUACCUGAGCCCCACCAUGGCCAACAGCACGACAGCACACCCUCACCUGGCUCAGCUGCCCUUCCUGGCCUCCACAGCCCAGCUGAUGCACCCCCAUGCCUCUCACUUCCAGCCUCUGCAGAGCCCCGAGCGCUCAGCCUUCCUGCCCCGCUUCUACUACCCCCUGCUCUUCGAGCACACCUUUGGCUCCACAGAGAGCAAGAUGUCCUCCAGCAAGCCAGACCCCCAGCAGCUGGUGGGCUCGGUCCUGCCCACACCACCCCAAUCCAAACCUUCCAGUGAGCCAAACAAACCCGGGCUGCUGAAAGUUCCCGUGCUGAAGACGAGUUUUCCUUGGGCCAAAGGUGUCCGGGAGGAGCCAGGCUCUGAGCUCAGCCACUCUGCCAUGGUGGGGCAGGAAGAAGAAGAGAAAUGGCUGUCCCAGGAGAAGGAGGGCAACCCAGCUUUGGGCCUCAGCAACCUACGCAAGAAGUCAGCCACUGACAUCUACCAAACCGUGGUGGGGAUGAAGGAUGCGGCUUUCACUCACAGCAGUGUCAGGAAGACAGAGUUGCCAGUGGUGACCUGUCUGGAGACCAGCAGCCCUCCAAGAAACCUGCUGAAGAGGAAGUUCCCUGCCAAUGGGCUGGAUUUGAUAGGACCCGAAAGGAUGAUGCCUGGGAAGCUCAGCUACCAGAGCAGUGGUCCAAGGGCCAACCCUGGCCACAUCCCCAAGGCCCUGGACCACUGGUACUCAGAUGUCCUCACAGGCCAGCCUGAGGAACCAGAGAGGGGCAAUGACACUGAAGUCCUUCCCUCUGUGGGUGCUGCCCUGGACCACGGCCUCUGCAAGCAGAGCCAACCCCAAGAGACUUCUGCCAUGACAGGCCCUGAGGCCACAACCGUGCUUAUUGGGGACCUGUCCAAAACCUUGGAGGAGUACCAAGAGGUGGAGAAGAAACUGUCUGAUCUGGCAAAGGAGGACACCCCUGGGCAAAAAGAGCUGAGGGACCAGCUGGUCAAAAUCCGAAGAGAGCUCUACCACAUCCACCAGGCACUGGAGAAAGCCACUAAACCCCACGAGGGACCGCUGGACCUGUCGGUGAAGAGAUCCUCUGAAGGUCUGGAGAAGGUCCAGCAGGCCAAGAAGGAGCCCUGCAACCUGAGCCUGGGAAGCGAGAAGCUUCAGGGCAAAGACCAAGGGCCCCUCACCAAAUGCCCGGCCCCCGGGGAGGCUGGAGAUGGAGAGGGGCUGCCCAACUGCCUCCUGGAGGCCGAGAACAAAACCAUCGACCUGCUGAUCAAGAUGAGCCGCUCCGAGAGCCUGCGGGCGGCCUCCUCCGAGGCCCCUCUGGGCGCCGUGAUCAAGGCCGAGGUGCUGCCCCUCACGGUGCCCCUGGAGCUGCGCCACGUCAUGGAGCCCUACUACAGCCGGCCCACCAAGUGCGAGGCAGACUCCAGCGUCCUGCUCUGCUCUGAUGGCCGCUCCAGCAGCACGCAGGGCCCGCAGCUCCCGGCCGGCGCCGAGGAUGGGCCCCUGGGCUGCCGGGCCGUGCAGCGCUCCCUGUCCUGCGGCCUCCCCGCCGACACCGACGCCGUGUGUGUCCACAGCCCUCUGCAUGCUGACCCCUAA